AAAGUCCAUCCCCCCACUCUUGUUUUUGGCCUUUUUUUUUCAUUCCAUUUUUUUUCCCCAUUUCCUGAACUCUGAAAGUCUGGAAAAACUGGGUCUUGGAAAGCGCAGGAACCUGCACCACUUCAUUAGCUGCGUUCAACAAAGCACGGUGAUCUUCAGGUGAUUAAGAAAAAUUUAAGCUACCCAUUUUCUUUUCCUUUUGUUAAACACUGAGAUUGCAAGUUUCCUUUUUUUUUUUUUCUGGUAGUUUCAUGAAUAAUUUGUCAAGUCGUCGAUUCUCAACUUUGUUUGAUUCUGUUAAAGUAAAACCCAGUUCUUUAAAACCCUUCACUGAUGGGAAUUCGAGGAGAAGGAUUUGGAAUCCAAUUCCAAUACCCUUCAGGACAAUCCCUGUACCCAGAGGUCAAGACCUUGACUUUGUGAAUGUUGCUCAUAGCCACCUCAUUCAUUCUGAUUGGAAUAAGCUUAAUGCUUUGUCUACCCACUUAACCCCAUUUAGAGUUAAGCAUAUUUUGUUAAAGAUUCAAAAGGACCAUGUUCUUUCUCUUGAGUUCUUCAAUUGGGUUAAAACUCAAAACCCCAUUUCACAUUCCCUUGAAACUCAUUCAAUGAUUCUCCACAUUCUCACCAAAAGCCAGAAAUUUAAAUCAGCAGAAUCGGUCUUGAGGAGUAUUAUUGUGUCUGGUUCAUUGGAAUUGCCAGCUAAGUUGUUUGAUGCAAUACUGUAUUCUUAUCGGAUAUGUGAUUCUUCUCCUCGUGUGUUUGAUUUACUGUUUAAGACUUAUGCACAUUCGAAGAAGUUUAGGAAUGCUACUAAUGCUUUUUCUCGAAUGAAGGAUUAUGGGUUUUUGCCAACUGUUAAGUCAUGUAAUUUAUAUUUGAGCUCGUUACUAGAUUUACAUAGAGUGGACAUUGCUUUGGGAUUCUACAGAGAAAUGUGGCGUUGCAGGAUUUCUCCCAACGUAUACACUUUUAAUAUAGUAAUUCAUGCAUUUUGCAAGUCAGGAAAACUUGAUAAGGCAAUGGAGUUGUUAAAAGAGAUGGAGAGUAUGGGUUUUAGUCCUACCAUUGCAUCUUACAAUACAUUGAUUGCAGGGUAUUGUAACAAGGGUCUUUUGAACUUGGCUGUGAAGCUUAAAAACUCAAUGGGGAAGGAUGGAGUGCACCCAAAUGUGGUUACUUUUAACACCCUAAUAAAUGGUUUUUGUAGGGAAGGGAAAUUACAUGAAGCAAACAAGGUUUUCAAUGAGAUGAAAGCCCUGAAUGUGGCCCCAACUAUUGUAACUUACAAUAUUUUGAUAAACGGGUACAGCCUCGCAGGUAAGAGUGAGAUGAGCAACAGGCUUUAUGAGGACAUGUCAAAGAAUGGAGUUAAGGCUGAUAUACUGACAUACAAUGCAUUGAUACUGGGAUUAUGCAAGGAGGGUAAGACAAAGAAAGCUGCUUAUCUGGUUAAAGAACUUGAUAAGGAGAACUUAGUUCCAAAUGCUUCAACAUUCUCUGCCCUUAUUAGUGGGCAGUGUGUCAGGAACAACUCUGACCGUGCAUUCCAGAUUUAUAAGACCAUGCUCAGGAGUGGUUGUCAUCCAAAUGAAUGCAUUUAUAAUAUGUUGAUUUCUACCUUUUGCAAGAAUGAGGAUUUUGAUGGAGCAGUACAGGUGUUGAAUGAUAUGAUUGAUAGAUUAGUGAUUCCUGAUUCUGGUACUUUAUCUGAGCUCCACAAUGGACUUUGCCAAUGUGGUAAAAAUCAAUUGGCAACGAUCUUAUGCAAAAAACUGGAAGACAGACACCUGCUGCCAGGAGGAUUUGAUAAAUCCAAAACUAUCAAUUCCCAACCAGAAAAUGGGGACAAGACAUUUUGAUUUAACUUGUAUAAUUCCAUGUGCUCCAACUUCAAUGCUCGGAUACUGUCAAGUUGACACUAUCGAGUUUUAUUUGAGAGUAUACACUAAGACAACUAUGUUUAGUCGAAGUGAAGGAAGAUUCUUAUUGUCUGUACCAAAACAAUAGCAAGGUGCCUAUUGUUGAUAGUUAAAAAAAACCACCCCCUGUUUAAUUUUAUUAAAUAUUUUACAUGUUGGAAAGAGAGAAUUUUUACAGAUGUUUUUCUGAUUCUUUGUGCA